AUGUCCAUCAUUUUUGACUUCGCGCAGAUUAAAAGGUGUAUGUUUCGUCGCACAGCCAUCCGAGAGUUUGCCAUGGAGGGACAAUCAUCAAAGUAUCUGAUGGCUUGGCUUUUGAUAGUAACGAUCGAGCUCCACUUCUUGGCAGCGGGGUGUCGGCUGCUAGAGCACGAGAUCACGUCUCGGACAGUCGUGGAAGCUUCGGUCUAUUGCGAGAUUUGCCACGAAGGGCGCAGCAUCAAGAACAUAGCACUGCCUGGUGUUGUUGCGUUCCUGGAGUGCAAUGGUGCUCGUGUCAGUGGCAGUAGCACCACGGACUCGUCCGGAAAAUGA